CGUGCGAUACUCGUGUUCGUGCCACUCGGCCAGCUCACUCCGUCGCGAGCCUCCCUCAUCGCCACACGUGUCGUUUUGACUUCUCUCUUUCGCAAACUUUACUCGAGCUACGAUAGACAGCUCGCCGGUUAAUCAUUUUUCGUCAAUGUUUCACCAAGAACUGUAAAAAGUAUCGUAGUCGACAGUUGCGUAAAUAAUUGGACAAUAAACACCAUUGUUGAUUUUAGAAUUUUAGUCACUUAACACAUCUCUAAUCUUGUAGUGACAAAAUAGAAGUGGACUAUUAUUUCAGUGAGCUAACUUUGCUGUGAAUUUGUUUUGUUUUGGAACUGCCUAAAAGAACAAGUAUUUGGAGUAAACUAUUUGGUGUAGUGCUGUGUUUACAUCUUUCACAAGGAACCAUAGAGGUUCUACACCAACGUCUUGUUACAACAUUCUUAAUUGACUGGUCGUGUAAUGUGCUAGCGACGGUCACACCAUGAUUCGAGAUCCACCCGCCAUGCAUAAGCCCGACACUGGGAAUAGUCAGCAAGAAGAUAACAAGUAUACGUUGACUAGUGGCGUGGCCAGCAGCACAGCCGGGGCCCGCCUGUGCGCGCAAUGCGGAAAAGUGAUCACCGAGCGGUUUCUCCUCAAAGCCAUGGAGAGGUUCUGGCAUGAGGAUUGCCUUAAGUGUGGAUGCUGUGACUGCCGUCUCGGGGAGGUCGGCUCAAAGCUUUACUACAAAGCUGACCUUAUGCUCUGCAAAAGAGACUACCUAAGGUUAUUUGGUGCCACCGGCAAUUGUGUGGCGUGCAACAAAGUCAUUCCCGCCUUCGAAAUGGUUAUGCGAGCCAAGAGUUUCGUUUACCACUUAGAAUGCUUCGCCUGUCAACAGUGCAAUCACAGGUUCUGCGUAGGAGACAGAUUUUACCUAUGCGACAACAAAAUCCUGUGCGAGUACGACUAUGAGGAGAGGUUGGUGUUUGCAAGCAUGGCUGCCAAUCCUAGCGGACUCGCGCACAUCCGUCGACAGGUCAGCGGCUUACCGUCACCCAGUGGUGGAUAUGUGAGUGGCAGUGGGUGCGGCGCUGGUGUAGCGGCCGGCGGAGCGCUGGCGGAGAAAGACGGCGGCGGGUGUGCGGGUGCAGAUGAUGCCUCCAGCGGCUACGGCAGCCCGCCCGACCCAGACGUAUGCGACGCAGCGCGAUGACCGACGAUGCCGCGCCGACUUCUCGCCUCGGUAAACAUGUGAAACCCCACUAAUCGUUGGUGGGACGCUGGGCCUAGGGCAGAACCUCCCGCAACGGGAUGCUGCUCCGGCGCGGGCGACCGUCUUUACAUAGCGUGGCGAAUGUUCGUUCGCCUCAUACGACUAGCCAUCACCCUACCGUGACUCAUAGAAAAUAACUGCUUUAUUUUUGUAUUGUUUAUAGACUUUAAGACGCUAAAGUCUGCGAAUUCUGUCGAAAAAUCUCAUAAGUGUAUAAAAAUGGAAGUUUUGAAUUAGGGUGAUGAAAAAUGUGUGUAUGAUGCAAAAUCGGCUUACUGCAAAAUUGCAUACAGAUAUUCCAAGGAAUGUAUUUUACAAGCAGCGCAGGAGAGUACAUUAGGCUAGGAUGCGGCCGUGGAUGUGCAGCUGGCCACUUUACAAAAUGUCCGGGAUGAGACGCGAUAGCGUUGUCAGAACACGAUAUUUCCAUUAUGUAUACGAUUUGAGCACUUGUUUACAUGUUAAGAUAGUGACGUCGCGUGGGUAGGACGCUGCUCUGGCUUGUACUAUAACGUACCACGACUCGCGCUUUACCAAUAUAGUCACGACCUGUAUCUUACGAUAAAUGUGCUGAAUACAUUUAUAUAUGAAUUCACAAACUUUUCAGUGUCAUUCUAAAAUUGUAAUUGAAUUUAACAUUUUGUGCUACAGUGUUGUGUAUACUUUUUUCAUACAUCGAUUUAGAUCCAGGCACUGUUUUAUGAUAAAAUCGAUCUCAUUGUUAUGAAAUUGUACGUAUGUCAUUUAUGUGAACCUUAAUAUUGUUAUCAUACGUGGUAUGACUUUUAUUCAGGUUAAUUUCUUACUUUUUUAUUUUCUUUUCAUUGGUUAGUGCGUAUUUAAUGUUAUUUUUGCCAAAGACAAAUUCACGUUGAAAAUAUUUUAAUUAUGUAGAGUCUACAGAGAUGAGCUACGUUUGUAGAAAAUUAAAUAGUGAUAUAUUUGGUACUCUGAAGUGGUGCAAUGGUUAGUUAAGUGUCUCUGUAAAAUACACAAGUUAACUGUUAACAAAAGACAGAUCUUGUUUUUCCUUCAGCCACAGCUUCAGUGAUUGUUGUUCGCGCGUAAAUAUAUAUAUCUACGAAUAUAAUGUUGACCAUCGUCUCGAAUUCGCUAAAGAUUAUUUUGUGACAAAAAUUAUCUUUAAAGUUAGGAAAAUAAAUACUAAAAUUUUCUAAGAUUAAAAUAACUAUGUAAAAUAAAGAUUUCUACGAUAAAAGAUGUAUUUAUGUAUAAAUCUGAGCUGUCGUUAGCUACAAGUAUUGGUUAGAUUUAAAUAUUUCGUCUAAUGUCAUACAAUAGCGACCACAAUAAAUCGUUUCGAACUAUCAUGAACAUCGAC